UACACGGGACUUUAGACAGAAGACAAUUCCCGACAGGCGGGAAUUUGACACGCCGAAUAAUUCCGGGUCCCGGGUUUUAGACAUAAGACGGAUUUUACAUCUCGGUACCCGGAGUUGUAUAGACAACCGUAUUUCGUAUCCCGGUACCCGGAGUUUAGACAACUGUACUGUCGCACUAAAAAAAUGGCGGACAAACUUUCACACGUUUCAUCCUUCUCAGUUAAAGAGAUGUGUGAAUGGGUGGAUAGCAUCUCAAAAGAUCUCACAACCAUAUUUAAAGAUUUUUUGUUAUGCUGCAACAACUAUAUAUUAACAAAAAAGAGAAUGACAUAGAUGGCCAAGGGCUUCUGGCAGUGGUGGAAGAUGACACAUUAUUCAAAGAGUUGGUGCCAAAACUGGUUCUUAGGGCCAAACUGAAACAAGGGCUCUUUUCAGAAAAACGGAUUCAGAAAUGCCGAGUACCAGAAACUUAGAGAGAAAAGGGAAUGAGCGUAUUGUGUCUUCUGCAGUGACAUCAAAGACUGCCAAAAAAGGUACUGAUGACAAUGCAGAAAAAACACAGCCUGGCGGAAAACAGAUGAAAAAUGCACCAAGUUUUGAGGACCCUAAAAUGAAAACAGCAAAGCCAUGUAAUAAAAGAGUGUCAACAGGCCUACAUGACAUUCCAAAGAAGAAACCUAGAACUGCAAGUGUUGGUGCAGUUUCAUCAGCUCUGGAAGAAGCUGUAGGGAUGGAGGUUUUGUCACCGAGAAGGAGUUCUCGCGCCGUCGUUCCUAACAGUCGAUACAAAGAUAUGGUGGAUCCAAGGAAGAAAUUGACCCCUGCAAUAUUAGGGAAAAAGUCUGACACAUCAUCAACGAAAGAGUCGAAAACACCGAAAGUCGUAAAACGGGGACAGGCACAAAGAAAUUCUCUGUUGGUUGAUAUGAAUAUUGUCGAAGAAUCAGAAGAAAGUGAAAUAACUGAAGAAGUUGUUACUGAAGAGACCACCAUUGACCAAAUGGCCCAGAUGAAUUUCAUGGCAGAGGCACUAAAGGCACCUCCAACAGUGGAGAGUAUUUCACCUCCAAUAGUGAAGAGUUCACAUAAAGUCGGUCUUGUACAGAUUGUUAGACCUGUAGAAGAGUUAGACAAGUUAUCUACAAACAAUGAUGCAAAAUUAGGCCAAUCAAAUAACAGUUAUUUGAAAGGGACCAAUGAAGAUGUUAAAAUAGAAUUCUUUAGUGAUGAAAAGGCAGAAGUAAAUGUUGUUGUUAGUGAAUCUCAUGCUAAAGAUUUCGCAGCGUCAAAUGAAGGUAUCAUAGAACAGUAUAAACCUACAGAGAAAAUACAGGAAAUGACUGAUGAGAACAGCUUGGAAUUAACUGUUGAUGCAUUUACAAAUGAUGCCGGGACAGAAGAUGGAAGUCAUGAUAAAAACGUGGCCCCUAUCAUAGUUAUACCUGGUAAACCUGUUGAUUACAAUGAAUCAAAUAGCAUUGCUGAAGUUAAGCUGAAAUCUAAGACUAAAAUUUCAAAAAUGUCUGGAAAAAAGAUGGUCUAUCAACAGGUUUCUAAGAAGGGACAGACAAUAAUUACAUGGCCGACACAAACAGUUGAUGGGAAGAAAAGAAUUAUUAUUUCAACACCAGGGGAGAAUGAUGAUGAUGAAGAUGAUGAUGUUGAUGAUGAUGAUGAUAAUGAUGAUACAAGUCAUAUUCAACAAUCUUUUAAUGAUUAUUGUAUGCCAAAGGUAGUUAGGUCAAUGUCAACACAAAUUUCCCCUGAGAUAUCUGAACUUCAGCCUACCAAAAUCUCGUAUGAAAUUGGUACAACCGGUAGUAUUGGUGGUACAAGAACAAGUCCUAGUCAAGGUUCAGCAUUGAAACCAGCUCCUAGGGUUAUAACAACUAGCCAUAUUUUACAUACUGAUAGAAGCAAAGUUGGGAAUACUGAAACUCUAAGUUUAGGAACACAUGAAAAAAUAGUAUCUGGUAAUGCUAUUAUUAAAAAGCCAAGAGUGUUUGGUCGACCGAAUGUUGAAGUACUCUAUGUCCAAAAUUUGCAGAAGCCUUUUACCGGUACAAAAUGUGAGAAAUCCCCGAAAGAAGUUGUUCCGACUUGCACUGCUGAAGUUUAUACAACUGUUUCAAAUAUAAACAAAUCAACAGUCAAGGACAUCGUUGUUUCAACACCGGCAGAUCAAUCUCCUAAACCCAUUGUCAGCCAUUUGUGUGAAGUGGUGGAAUACAAACCUCCGGUAAAAUCUACUAAAGAAGGGCAAAAAUCGUACCAGUAUGUUAUGAUAGACAAUCAAAUGGUUCGAAUGCACAAACCUGGAAAUAAUUUUGGUCGAAUUGUUGGACCGAACUUGUCAUCGGAAGACGCUAGUUCUAGUCGGACCUCAGCUCAAUCCGUAUUAGCGCAGUUGGUUGGCAAUGUUCAACAGCAGCCCAGUAUGAAUGUAAGCCAAGUCCAGCAAGUGCAGAGCAGUUUGUCAAUUCCAACUGGUGUAUCCAAGAGAGUGGUGCACGGCCAUAUUGCAUCCUCUGGUUCCCAUUCUUCCGAAUCGCAGGAAGUAAUUGAGAUAUCCCAUGAUGCCUUCUCACGAGAGGUGUAUGGUGACGGGGAAAUCAUAGUCGAUCCUUUUACUGGAGCGAAUGUUCAAGCACUCUAUGUCCAAAAUUUGCAGAAACCUUUUACCAGUACAAAAUGUGAGAAAUCCCUGAAAGAAGUUGUUCCGACUUAUACUGCUGAAGUAUAUACGACUGUUUCAAAUAUAAACAAAUCAACAGGCGUAGAACAUGGUCACCAAACUGAGGGAAUAGCUGAAAAUGAAGAACAAGACCCUCACCAGAGCAUUGAAGCCACCGGAAAUGAGCAAAGUACCAUCGAGAAUCCAGCAAUUUCUGCCGACCAAGGGUCAGUCGUGUGUAUCGAGGGCCUGGAUGAAAACAACAUUCCGGAGAACACUAGAAUCACUGUGGAGUCUUUGGCUACGGGAGAGGAGGCAAUUAUAUUCCAUAUUGAUGACCUCGAGGAGACUGAAAAGAAUGUAGUUAUCUCCAAACUACCUCAAGUCCCACAAUCCUCUGUUGUGCCCUUAAGCAGUGUGAAGAUCACCCCUGUGCAGGCAUACGUUGUUGAAGAAGAUGAGGAUGACACAAAGGGAGCCAGUGCUACCACACAAACUGAGGAGACAGACUCAGAAACAGAUGACGAUGAGGAGGAACCAAUUGAGGUUGAUAUGGAAGGGGGUGGCUAUGAGUUGCCUGUGAUAAGGCGAGGCAGAAGGCCUGAAGGCACUGACUUACAAGAAUAUGUUAUAGUCCAGUUACCAGAGGGCUCAGUAGUGAAAGAGCCCCAGGCUAGGUCCAGAAUACCACCACCUAUACAACAAAUACAGGACCCAGUCACAAUGGAUGAUGAUGGGCUGUACACGUGUGUUGACUGCAAUCAUAAGACGGACAAAAAAAGCAAUUGGUUUAAACAUAGGAGAAAGCAUCUAGGUAUAAGACCUCAUGGCUGCCCUAAAUGCUCGUACAAGGCUUCAACCAGCAGUAACCUGAAGAGACAUAUGCAGAUCCAUGAUGAUGUGAGAAACUUUGCCUGUGUACUGUGCGGGCUUCAUUUCCGACAGAAAAUACACCUCGAGAGGCAUAUCAAAUACAAACAUUCGGAAAAGAGGGUCAACUGUCCACUUUGUGAGUUCACAUGCUCGAGUGAAAACCCAGAACUCAAGGUUCACAUACGCAAGACACACAUGCCCAUGGAUGGAAGCAUGGAUGCAUUUACGUGUGACAUUUGUGGCCUUAUGACCAUCAGUAAGAGAGACCUCAAACAACACUUGAAGUUUCACAAGAAAGGGCCGGAGUUGAAGCUGUUUUGUGAAUAUUGUAGCUUUGUCACAGACUGUACGAGUAGGCUGAAGCGGCAUUUGCUGAUUCAUACAAAAGAGAGGCCAUUUCAAUGUGGUUUGUGUCAGUACAGAGCAACUCAGAAGGAACAUGUACUAAGGCAUAUGAGGACACAGCAUAAUGUUGAGGUCGAAACGCGGCAGAAGUUGAAUCUGCUGGAUAUCAGAACGAUUACCAAAGAGGAUAAUGUAAUCAUUCCGAAAGAUGCAUCAGCAACUCCAGUGAAUUCCUCAAAAUACAGACACUGGAUUAGUGAUAAAAGUGAUGCAAAAAGUCCUGACCAAAGCUUUGGACCUUUCGAGCACUCUGAUUAUUCUAGCCAAGAGAAAAUAUUUGCAUGUAACUAUUGUUCAAUGAAGUUUUCUAGGCUGAUAAAUCUAUACAAGCACCUUUAUGCACAGCAUGAAACAGUAAUGCCAAGCUCCACAGAAAGUGGCCAUCAAUGCGUUGUAUGUGACUUUGUUACGAAUUCAAAGAAGAACCUUCUGGUCCACAUGAGAAAGCACAAUACUCAGGAUCAUUCACCACCGACUCAUGUUUACUCAUGUGUGCUUUGUCGAUAUAUGAACCCACGACGACGGAAUCUCUUUCAGCAUAUGAAGAAGAAACAUGGUAUUGAGAUUAUUAUGAAAGAAGAUGGGUUAAAUUGCUUUGUCAACAUAACUUUGGACUCGAAAAUGAACAUUGGUGAGGGUUUUCCAAUUAGUGCGACGGAAUCUGGCGUAAUUGCUUUGUCUGAGAUAGUCAAAACUGAACCAGUGACAGUAAGCACAGAUGCCUUACAAAUAAUGACGGAUAUAAAUAGUGAUAAGAUCUCAUUUCAUAACAUAAUUUCUCUUGAAGAUAUAGGUACAUAUGCAAACGCUCACAUUGAGUCACAAGGAUUGAUUUCACCAAGUGUCAGUGUGAUGGAAAGUGAUGUAAAGUCUCAUGAUGCUGCAGAAGCUAUUGAAGGUCUUCAGGCACUCGCUGAACAAGCUGGAAUACUAGAAACACAGAAUGUAGACCAUGAUAUGACAUCAGAGAUUAUCACCACUGAAAUUAUGAACGAGGGAGAGAUAUCUAUUGUUGCUGAAAACGAUGACGAUGAUUCUCAUUCGCAUGUUUUGCAAAUCUCUCAUGAAGAAGGGGAGAAUGUGACUUAUCAGAAUAUUGAAGAGCUUCAAAGAGAGGUAAUUCAUGGAGGGGAAGUAACUAUGGAGAAAAAUGAUGAAGGUCUACAGCUGUCUGUGGAGCAAAUAAACGAGUUAUCAUCAGGGGACUAUGUGGAAAUAAAUGGUGAGGUUUACAAGGUGGAAAUUGCGUCUGGAUCCAAUGACAAUAAUAUUGUGCAAAAUAUGUAAAAGGAAAAAAACGAAAGAUGUGAAAGCAGAAACGUUCUAUCUGUAUCAUUAUUUAAGGUCAAUAAUGAAUUAGAUUAAAACUUUGCACUGUCACCCUUGAAAAUGUGCUUUUUGUUUGAGUCAAACAUUUGAAAGAAAGAAAUAGUGUGCUGCAGAAUUGUUUUGUAUUAUUUAAUUUAUUUAUUUGUUAUAUAGCAUAUAUAAUAUUUAAAAAAUGGAUUUCUUGUUUAAAAUGAAAUCAAAUUAUAUUGUUUAAGCAGAUGAUUUUAAAUAUUGAUCACACAAUGUUCCUUCUUUUGAGUGUAAUACAACCGGUCAUAACCAUAUUAUCUUAUGUUACACUGGUGUAAUAUAACUUGACCUUAACCUUUUUUGCCUUACUAAUGAGGCGUCAAACUAUUUACUGAUAAAUGAAUAAAAUAUUUAUUUCUAGCUUGAAAAAAAUAACCUUAAGUUACAUUAUGUAAAUGACAUUUGAUACAGAAUUGUAUGUACAGACAACUUAUAAUGGAAAAGUUAAAAUUUUGGCUAAAGCCUCGCUAUUUUAUAUUAAUUUUGGUUAACUUGUUUCACAUUUUUUUAAAGUUUUAUUAAAGAGCAAUUUAUGUAAGAUUGAAUAAACAUACUGGUAUAUACAGUCGAAGCUCACAAACUCUGUUAUCUUGAUGUUCUGGUUAUGUUGGACCUUUUCUUUCUCGAUUAUUUUCAGUUUAAUUUUUCAUUUCAUAUUUUGGUUAAAGAUGCACUCUUACUCCCAGAUAAGAUUUACUACAAUGAAUAAUUUUGUUUUAUUAUUCCAAAAAGGAUGAAUAAAUGUCGAAAACAAUGGUUCUUAUGAAGGAUACCGAAAUUAAUUUGAAAGAAAUGAGCAUAUUAUUUAUUUCUACCUUUAGACUAUAGUUAAUCACAGUAAAUCUUUUAGCAUUCACCAAUCAUUUAAUAUUUUUGCAUUUUCUGCUAUUAAAUACACGGUUACAAUCUUGUUAUCAGUAAUUAAUAUUUUCCAUAAACUCAUUAUUUAGUAAGAAGUUAAAGGUUUAUUAGUCAAAAUUGAUGAUUGUUAUACAUGUGUAUGUUUUGAUUUUGAAUAAGAGUGUCAAAUUAAUAUAUCAAAUGUUCGUUAUCUCAAAGUAUUUUCCGAGGUCCCAACGACUUUGACAUAACAAGUUUUGACUGAUGAAGUUCGGCCAUAUAUUAUUUCUCAUUAGUCUUAGCUAAAAAAGCCUUCUGUAAUAAAGCACUUGGUAGUAUUGUAAGAACAGUCUUCGGUCAAUGUUUUAUUGGUAUGUUCUAAAUAUCACUUGUUAUGUAUAGAAAAACACUAAUCUAAAACAUAACUGUUGGUCAUGGCGAUAAAUAGCAAGUUUUGCAUACAUUUUAUGAAACAAGGGAAUAAUGUGACUUUUCCAGAAGAAAUAAAAUCUAGAAAAUUUG